CACCAGUUGUGGUCUCGGCCGCUGGUGCCAUGAGAAGAUCACUUUCUGCUGUUUCCCAAGCUUCCAUGUUCUCAGUGUGCUCGGAGACCGGGGAGAAGAAACUGAAGAGCACCACUGGCACAGAGGAUGAUUCAAGGAUUCUUCCUGCAGAUUCGCACUACCCCGAGUACCACACUUUACCCAUGUCGAGAUUGUCUGGCCCAAAGACAGAGCUUCAACAUUUCCCAGCCUGCGUCAGCCACGCAAGAAGUAAGUCUGAUGCUGAUGGUGCCAGCGGAGAUAGUGGUGAAACUUCCAGAAUAGAACCCUACACCAGGUCUGCAUCCCUCGAACUGAGGCAGCAAGCGCACGCAGCUGCGAUGUUCAACAUGCCUGCAGCUGCCACCUCUGCUCUACCAUCUCCACCACCACCUCCUCAGCCUUACGUCCCACCCAGCGUAGCAUUGGUAGAUGUUUCAGUUGCUGAAAACAAAGAUAUUCUUGGCACCGACGAGGAGAAAAAUUAUAACCUAAACACGCCGCAGACUGAUAAAUCUCUGCUACAGAAAGAUCUGCCACCGGUGUACGAGGAGGUCAGGAUGAGUCAGUCUGUCAACAUCCCACCGCUGACACCUUUUUUGAGCUCGCUUUCCAAUAAAACGGUCACCAUGGGCACAUUAAAAGACAAUGAUGGUCAAAGUCAUGCCAAUGGGACUGCACCGGAAACUGUCCCAAAACUUGAAAAGUCUGGCGAUGGCUUGAAGAAACAAAAGAAGAAGAGAACAAAAGACAGGAACUCGUCCAGUCCACAGCUUUUGCAUUUAGCAAAGACCAAGCAUACCAGUCCCAAACACUUACGUGUGCAUUUAACGGAGAGGAAGAAGCCAGAUGAUUUAUUUGAGGAGAGGGAUUGCAAAUUGAAACUGUCAAGGCCCAUUGAUAAAAAAUUUAGGCUUCAGUCGGUGGUCUGCAAACAGCCAGUGCGCUUCUCUGAUUCUCAUGGGGUCAACAAGGUGAUGACACGGUCAGCUCCUGAUGCACCAAUGAUGUACGGCAACGCAGACGUGUACAGAGGUGGUGGGGAAAGUUUUGCACCAAUAGUGCCACAUCCACUCCAGCAACCCCUCUUCCCACCAUAUCUUGACCCCUGGGUUCACCAAGACCAUCAGGAUUUCCAUGAUCACAACUUUGGGCCUCGGCUGGGUUUAAAUGACCUAAAUCAGCCACCGAAUCACCUGAAGCCAUCGGACAGCGGCGUCACAGUGUUCCCUGUGUGCGGCACCAGUGCUCUAGCUGUAAGCAAAUUUCAAGAGAUAAAUUCACACACCAGAAAAAAGCCGGGACAUAGACGCCAAGUCGCAGGGGACAGACUCGGCUAUGUUCUGAGCCCCUCUCGUCACAAGUCACGACCCAAGUCGUUGACAGCGGCUGUAGAUAACAUCCAUGAAAAACGAGAAGUUUUAUCACGGCCUUCAGCUGGUAACACAGACAAUGUAGUGGCAGGGAAAGGUGCUAGGUCUGGCUUUGGUCAUGAUUUAAAUUUUGAGGAUCAAAAUGGGAUAUCAGAUUGGUAUGAUGUUCAUGAGGGGGACUUCACUCAUAAAAGGAACAAUCUCUGCCAUGACGGGCAGCACUUGGUGAACUUUGGCAUCUUUAAAAAUACUGUAAAAACUGAGGGGCCAGCUGAAGCCGCCUGCGGCGCAAACAAACCUGUUGGGACGAUUCAUCCCAGCAGUAAGUCAGGUCUGAGCAAUGAACUCUCUUUUGUCAGCCGCACUGCAGCACGGCCUAAGAAACGCCAGUCCAUGUCAGCUUCUACAGGCACAUUCACACAACAAAAUCUUCAAGACAGAGUCAGUGCUGGUGUUGGUUCACCAAAGCAGAAUGAAGCUGAAGGCUCCAUUAUGGGGAGAGAAGUCAGGGGAGACAAGAUGGUGCAUCAGUCGGACAUGCGCCAUGACAGGAUGGCUAUAAGUGAUGACAACAGUGAAGCCACCAGCUAUGUGUAAUUAAGAGAUAUUGCUACAGAACUAUUAAAGAUUGUUGCUGGUGUUAAAGAAUUCUUAGCUUUGACUUGAAAAAUUACUUAAACUCUUGGAAUGGAUAACUAAGUAAUGCUUCAGCAGAAUCAUAAUUACAAGCGGCUCAUACUGCCAGGCAACACAUUACAGCAGCUGUUGUCAGUGAAGAAGGCUUUAUUUUUUUUUAAAUUACUCACUUGCAACUGAAAAAUAAUGGGAUAAACUUUUUAACAAAUUUACUGGAUAAUGAAGGAAACAUGAAAGUUAAAUAGUUUUGAGCAAAGAAAU